GACCAACAGAAUGCCCGCCACUACCGUACUGACGGUCACAAAAAAAUGAACAGUAGUUAGGUUUUAUUUUUUAACAGUAGCUAGCUAGCUAUUUUACAAACAGGAAAACAAUACUUAUUUUUUAACUCACUUGUUCCAUGGCUUAAAAUCCAUUAUACCGGACAAAUCAGCUGUGGACGACAAUACACACUGUUGAGGGCUGCUUUGGUCCAGAGUUGACUUACACUUUUGGAUGCAUGACGAGAAUCUGAAAGAUGACGACCGAGACCCACGUCAAGGACAUCAAGCCAGGACUCAAGAAUCUCAGUGUUAUCUUCAUCGUACUCGAAACAGGACGAGUGACAAAGACAAAGGAUGGGUAUGAGGUGCGGACCUGUAAGGUGGCCGACAAGACAGGCAGCAUUAGCAUCUCAGUUUGGGAUGAGGUGGGGGGACUGAUCCAAACCGGUGACAUCAUCAGACUCACUAAAGGAUAUGCGUCUGUGUUCAAAGGUUGCCUGACUCUGUACACGGGUAGAGGUGGAGAGCUGUCGAAGAUUGGAGAGUUCUGCAUGGUGUAUUCAGAGGUGCCAAACUUCAGUGAGCCUAACCCAGAGUACUCUAACAUGGACCAGAUGAAAAACAAGACUGUAGUCGGUGACCAAGGAAACAUACUGAACAACAAGAAUAACAGCUCAGCUGGAAAUGAAACUACCAAUGGGAACGGUGUAAAUUCCCAAGGUUCCGGGAGCUCGACUAAUCCUCAACAGGGAGGGCGGGCUGGCAGUGAUGUUGGCAGCAGAGCAGCCAAUCCAGGAGCAGGAGGGACAGCUGUCAGCAAUAGAAAGGAGACUAGACGUUCAGCAAAAAGAUGAUUGGAGCAGAAGGAAGGAAAGUCCAUCCCUCUCCAUAAAUGUCAAAUGAUGAGAGAUAAUGCUGCGUUCGAAGUGGAAAUUUACCACCAUAGAGUUAGAUAGGACUCUAAAUGGAUAAAACCCAUUUUGGCAUGAACCUUGCUAUUGAGGGCUUCACCAUUUGAAAGUAGUCAACUGGGUGGGACUUCCUAUGGGUAAGGAAGCAUCACAUGAAGGAUGAUAGACAAGUUUUUCACUAGUAAUUACCAGCUGGAGGGCUGUUCAAAUGUAUUUUCCCAGUUGUAUGUGGUAAACGUUAAGAAAUUGUAUUUUAAUUAGGUUUGUUUACAAGGAACAGCGUUCACUAAAGGUUAUGUAACAAUCAAGAAAAAGUAUUUGUGAGAAAAAUAAUUGUUUUCAUUUUUUACAAUUAAGCUGCUUAAUGGGAAGCGUUUUUCAAAGUCAGGCAGUUUUCCAAUGAGAAGUCUAAAAUAUAAAAUUACUCUUUUAACUAAUGUGCAAAACGUAGCCCAAACCUGACAGAUUGGAUUUUGGUCAAUCAGAAAUCCUUAAUUGCUAGAAUCCUUAGUUGCUACAUCCAUUUUUGGAUGUAUAAAUGAAUGAUAUUGAUUCUUGAAGAAUAUAACUUAUAAAUGUCUCAUGAGCUUAGUUCAACUGUCAUACCCCAUCAGAUUCAGAACCUUGCGACAGCAGCCACACUUUAAAUGUUGUACGAAUUUUUUUAUUUUUAACACCGUUCAAACUGGUCUGGAAUAGUGUGCUUACAUACAACUUUUAGAGUUCUAUUAUACUUUUCAGACUUAAUCUUUUUGUCCUUUUUUUGUCCUCAUAAUUCUAAAGUUCCCAUUGUGACAUAACUCCCAACAUUCUAUUCACUCUAAACAGUAACUGUUGACACAAAUCAGCUACUUUGACCACUUUCCCAACAAAAUGAUCUGGUACCAAUCAAACGUUACAACUGUUUAAGUAACCACUACAUUUUCUCACACUUUUUAUAAACAACGGACAUUUUUACUUUCCCAAAAAGUUGGAGGGUUUGACAUCUUCGUCUACUUCUCUGCUGUUCAAAUCUGGAAUCAGAAAAGGAAUUAUCUUCUACCAAUUUAAAAAUGACAGCUGUUUUACUAACCGUAUCAACUACUUUUCAUCUCAACUUUUACAACUGACAUUUUGACCACUUACCCAGCACUUUAGACAAAAACUUAAAGGUAUGACAUCUUGGUAUAUUUCUCUGGAAUCAGAACAGAAUUAUCUAUUGCAUUAACUGCCAUGUAACUUUUAAGAACUUUCAAAUUAUAACAAUAGGGGAGUGCAAAAGACUUAUGCUACACAGCUCACUCAAACCCUACCACUCUGUCUACAUGUUGUUAUAGUUUACCUUUAGUACUGGUCUGUUGGCUGCCUUACACAGUAGUAAACUGUGGUUUCCAAGUAGGAGAGUAAACGUGUAGUAGUCUUAUGUGAUGAAAUAGGUGAUCCAAACUGCCCCAUCCUCCCAAAUUAUUAAGGUUAAUAUAGUCUAUCAAAGUAACCAGACAUUUAUAUAUUUAACUUUGACUAUAUUUCACCGCUUCACUUAGAAUGUUUUAAACUUCUUCCACGACCACAAAAAUACUUUCAAAGAGCUGAAGCAAGUCACACUUUUUUAAAUGACAAUCUAUUUUUACUCCAAUGUUUGUAAACAACGUAAACAAACACUGUAUAGCCUCAUAACAAGGUUAAAACUACACAUUUGAUAUCAUGGAUGGUCAGUCCUUGCA